AGCUGGAACGACCGAGGGCAGGCCUGGAAUGUUAAGUGGGUCGCAACCCUGAAGUCCCCCCCUCCCUCCUGACCUGAUUUGCCUGCUCACAAACGUGAACAGUCCGGGGGGGAGAAAUCAGCUGUUCGAGGAGCUCGAGAGCCGCCACUCUAAGGGAUUAGCCCCUGCCGCGAUGUUUCUGCCGUGGAUCCUCUUGCUGUGCUGCUCAGUGGGGGCAAAGUGGUCCAGAGACUCCAAGUGCCCGGCGACCUGCUCCUGCACGAGGGACAGCGCGUUCUGCGUGGGCUCCAGGUCCAUCCCUCAAACCUUUGCUGGGGACCUCAUCGCCAUGACAUUUGUGAAUGCAAAAUUCAGACAAAUUCCUGAACGUGCCUUUGCUCACAUCCCAACAUUGCAGUUCCUCCUGCUGAACUCAAACACCUUCACGUUGAUUGCAGAUGAUGCCUUCAGUGGCCUAUCUCACCUGCAGUACCUAUUCAUAGAGAACAACGACAUCCAGUCACUGUCCAAGUACUCGUUCCGGGGCCUCAAGUCAUUGAGCCACCUAUCAUUGGGAAACAACAAUCUUCGGACUCUUCCCAGAGACAUCUUCAUCAACCUUCAGGUUUUGACACAUUUAGAUUUGCGAGGAAACGCCUUCCACUGCGACUGCAAAAUGAAGUGGCUGAUAAAGUGGCUACAGGCAACCAAUACCACAGUGCCACCUACCUAUUGUGUCAGCCCGGUCAAAUAUCAGGGGCACACAAUAAGCAGUCUGCCCCUCCGUCAAUUUGAAUGCAUCACCACAGAGUUCACCACACAUCAAACACUACCCUUCCAGUCUAUCUCGGCCGAAUCGUUUCUGUACGCCGAUGACCUUUACGUCACGUUUGCCCAGGCUAACAGCGGCAACUGCGCUUUCCUCAUGUGGGAUCACGUUGAGCUGGUCUUCAGGAAAUCUGAAAACAUCUCUGCUCGAGCUGCUGUGUAUUGUAAGCCUCUGGUGAUUGGGGGAGUGCUGUACAUCAUAGUAGCUCAGCUGUUCCAGGGCUCCCACAUCUACCAAUGGGACAACUACGGUGGAAAGUUCAUCAAAAUCCAGGACAUUGACACCACCAAGAUCCGCAAGCCCAACGACGUUGAGACCUUCAGGAUUGACGGCGACUGGUACUUCGUCAUUGCCGACAGCUCGAAAGCCGGCGCCACCACCGUUUACAAAUGGAACAAGAGUGGCUUUUACUCCGAUCACUCCCUUCAUAUGUGGCACCGAGACACAGAUGUGGAGUACGUGGAGAUGGACAACAAGCACAGGCUCAUUCUAUGCAGCAGCACCCAAACCCCGGUGGUCUACCAGUGGAGUAAAGCCAUGAGGCAGUUCACCUACCACAGCGAGAUGCCCAAUAUGCUGGAAGUUCAUGCUGUUAGACACUUCAAGAUCAAGAACGUGGUGUACCUCUGCCUGUCUCGCUUUAUUGGUGAUUCCAAGGUGCUGAGGUGGGAGAAUCAGCGUUUCACGGAGGUGCAGGCCCUGCCCUCGAGGGGUACCAUGAUUGUGCAGCCUUUCCAGGUAGGACGCUGGCUGUACAUGGUGCUGGGAUGCGAUUUCUCUUUCUCCCAAGUUUACCUGUGGGACAGGGAAAAGCUGAGGUUCGUCAAGGUUCAUGAGUGGCAUGUGCGUGCUCCCCGAGCCUUCCAGCUUGUAAACACCGAUGACAUGCACCUCGUGUUGGCCUCCAGCUUUAAAGGAAGCACUAUAGUCUAUAGGCACAUGGUUGUAGACACUAGUGCCUAACAUAGUACAAGUGAGCAACAGAGACAUCAUUACUUUAGGAGCACUGGCCUCUAGUUGAGACCCGUCAAUCAUGUUUCUAAUUAGGCUAUUAAUUUCUCAAAGUAAACUGACAUGAAAGAUUAUGUUUUAAAUAGCCUGUCCUUUAUCUCGUUAAAUCAGCCAUCCUGAGAAAUUAUAAUUAUCAUAAUUACUCAUUUUCAAUAAAGCAAAUUAUUGGUAUGUAAAUAGCCUAACCAAUCCUCAGUGCAGAGCUUCAUCAAACUCAAAUAUUCACCCAACCUCUUUCCCCCUCUUGCCAGAAUGUACCCUCUGCUUUAGUGUUUGCCUGUCUUACUGUUCGUUUGGAUCACCAGGUAACUCAGGACGUGGUUUUGACUGAGCUCCUCCACAGUUUGUUCACUGGGCAGAUACCCGAUCAGCUGUGGGAGGAGAACAGUGUGGCGGCAGAAUGGAGACUGGCCUGGAUCACGCGGGGGAUAUGCUGUGGCUGGAGAAAGGAUGAAAAGGCAUCAUUUACCAGCAGCCUUUGUGGAACCUGAAGAGGCCAGGCAAUCUUUGGAACUCUCAGCUCCAGAGACCAGGAAUGCCUGGGCACAAUGCAUUGAGGGAAGAAACAGGCAGACAUGUGGGGUAAGAGAGUUUCAGGGUGUGUGGGGUAAGAGAGUUUUUGUAGGUUCACUAUGCGUUAAGCUGGGGAGAGGGCCGGAGGGACAGCGAGGAACAACCAUACACCUGGUCCAGGAACUUCAGCUUUGCAGGAUCGUCAGCCCAAAACCCCCUUUACACAACACGGCUGCAGCCUAACGCCGACACGGAGAGUCACUGGCAUCGCGAUCUGGAAAUGGAGCAAACAGGCCCAUUACCAGCAAUGGAAGGUAUGAAACGAUUAGGCUGCAGCUCGAGUACGUGAGGCUGGCUGUUCGGGUCUACUGAGGAACAGCGGAGAAGCACACAGCAGCGCGAACUAAGAAAGGAUGUGUAACAGGCCCAGGAGGCAGAGGAAGGGGCAGAUCCGACACUAAGCAUUUGGGAAGAGUGUGGCCGUUCCAGCAGCUCCCAGAACCACUGCUGUGGUUGGAACUAGUAAACUCCCUACUUUGUCAAUUUACAAACCAAUGUAAAACCUGCUCCUAGGUUAUCCACCGCGGUAUCCACUCACAGUGUUCCUCUUGCACUUUCAAUCCUCACUCCGGUUACCUGACUAACUGACUAAGCUGCUCUUGAACACUGUGGGGAAAAGUGCAAUGAUCAUUUGGAUGAGCCAUUAAAUAGUAUCUUCCUUUGCCUUUCUGCUGUUCGUAAAUGAUCACAUUAGUGUGGUUGAAAGGAGAGGAGAGGCUGCUCCUGGUUUUCCGGCAGUGUGUCUGUCUCUGCUGAUGCUUCCACACAGAUCUGCAUUAUUCCUCUCACCGCUCUUCGUAAUUCAUGAGCUGGCCGCUUCGAUUCCAUUCCAACACGACCAAACGUCCGUCAUACACUUUGGAACGUCCUGAAGAUGUCAAAGAUACUCUGUAAGUGCUGGCGUAUCAGCAUCAGAAUCAAUCUUAUUACCACUGGCUUGCUCAACACAAACAUUGUUUUGCGGCAGCAGUACGGAGCGAAGAAAUAAAAUUACUAAAGUUACAAAAUAAAUAAAUUGUGCAAGAAAAGGUCGUGUUCAUGAAAUGUUCAGAAGCAAGCAAGUUUACUUGUACAGUACUUACCAAGCACAAGUGCUUUACAUAGAAUGAGAUGUAAAAAUCAAACAUCAAAUUUCAGACUAAAUAGAGAAUAAAAUCACCACAAAAGGUAGAUAUAAAUAGAAGUUACAGUGCGGGAGAGUCUAAUUAAAAGCUACAGUGAAAAGAAAAGCAAACAACAGGAAUUCUGCAGAUGCUGGAAAUUCAAGCAACACACAUAAAAGUUGCUGGUGAACGCAG